AUGCCGCCCAAGAAGAAGAAGGCCGAAGAGCAGAAGAAGAAGAUCGUUGAGGACAAGACCUUUGGCCUAAAGAACAAGAAGAAGAGCAAAAAGGUCCAGCAGUAUGUCGAGACGGUCAAGAAGCAGGCCAGCCAAAAAGUCGACGGCCCGCGCCGGAAGGGCGGCGCCAGUGGAAGCGGCUCGGCCGCGUCCGCGGCGCGCAUGGCCCAGAUGCAGGCCCGUUUGGCUGAGCUCGAGCUCAUGAACCAGCCCGUCCAAGACAAGCCCAAGAAGAUGUCGGCCGCGGAGGCGGAGCGGAAGCGCAUCGAGGAGGAGGAGGAGGCGGAGAGGAUUCGCAUCGCCAACUUGCCAGUCGAGGAUCAGAUCGAGGAGGAGAGGGUUAAGCUCAAGACAAAGACCCCCGUCACGUUGGAACGCUUCAUGAAGUGGAGGGCGGAGAAGAACAAGGAGAAUCAGGUCAAGGUGGAGGCGGAGAGGGCCGCGGCGUACAAGAAGAUGUCCAAGGCAGAGAGGUCUAGGGGGCAGGGGCUGACGGGAAAGGAGUUGUUCGAGGCUCAUUCCGGCCUGUUUGUUGAUGAUGAGAACGCGGUUGAUGAAAAGUUGAAGCCUAUUAGUGACUAUAUAGGUGACGAUAGUGAUGUUAACGCAGAGGACACGGAGGGAGAUGGUGAGGAAGUUACGCCGGGUGAUGCGUCGUUGUUUGGUGGUGAGGAAACCCCAGGGGCGGGUCCCUCUUCUGCACCGUCAGAAGCUGUUGCUGUUGGCGAUGAAUCGCUCUUCUCGUGAUUUUUUCUUGAAUAGGGGUUCUAAAUCAAUUGUACAAACAACUCGUAAAAGCUCAUCAGGUUUUAGUUCA